GGGAGCACUGCUGGGUGAACGCAUACUGACAGAGUUGUCAUCGAAACCUGUCAAAUGUGAAACUGCACUCAUUAUCAUUUGUGAACUGAAAUCGAUCAGGAGUUGCGUAAGGAGAACAAUUGAUUGUUAAUUGAAUUUGUUGCUAAAAUUUAUUCUUUAUUUCUAUAGUUGCUAAAAAUCUAAUCACGCUAUCGUAAAAUUCGGCCUAAAUCUAAAAGUAUCACAGUUUAUAUCACAGAAGAAACUGUAGUAAACGUGCUUGAGGAACAAUAGGGCAUCAUCAAGGAACUUGAAUUACGCUCUAGACCGAAAUAUGUAAGCUACCGAAAUAUGUGUACUAUUAUGAACUAAAACUAAUUGAAUAAAAUUUAUAGCUUAUAGCUGUUUCGCACAAAGUAACGUGUUUGCGAUCUGCUGAUAGAAUCGGUGAAGAGUCCUUGUUCUUCGGAACAAUUCUAUAAGAUAUUUCGUCAUGCCACCUUCGGACGACGGAGCCCAGAAAACAACAGUGGAUAAGGAGAAGCAGGGUAGUUGCGUUCACUGCAACAGACCCGAUUCAUACGAUAACUACGUCCAGUGUGAUCGGUGCAGCGCAUGGUGGCAUUAUUUAUGCGCUGGAGUCUCCGACUCUAUUGCAAACCGAUCGUUCACAUGCGAGGCCUGUUUACACGUUAGCGUGUCAUCUCACGUGUCAUCUUCAAGUAGCAGGGUGGCCGCAAUGCAACUCCGUUUACGGGAAAUGGAAGCCCAGUGCAAAUUGGCCCGACAGGAACUUGAAAAUGAACGACUGGCAUUUGAAGCAGAAAGAAAGACGUUACAACAACGGAAUAAUCAAUUACAGCAACAAGGUAAACAACGAACCGCUGAAUGGGUUGAUAGGCACGCGGGAAAUGCGAAUAGCGCCGAUGGUCAAGGUGUCGACCGGGAAGCAGCUGCAGCCACAAACCUACGUGAUGAUGAACUCAGGGGGCGUCCAACUGUGCAGGAAGGACCGCAUACAUUGUCAUCUUCGUUGCAAGCCGCUAUCAACACAGCAGUGCAGGCGGCAGUCCAGGCAGCUCUUCAAGCAACAAACUCGUCGAAAGGUUUCCAGCAUACCACCGGAGCUGAGAUACCUAUUCGAAAUACAGGCGCGAUUCCCAAAACAGCACCGAAAGACCUAACGUCUACCAGGAUCGGGACCGAAAGAGGUAGUGAACGGCAGAAAGGUAAACAAGAUCUCCCACCUCCCCCCGAAAAGCCACCAGGUAAGCCACUCGAAAAUCAAACCAUUUCCUCCAACUACAAUCAAUGGAUCCAAGAAUUAUCCAAGAAGUUUUGCAAUACAAAUUUGGAUCAUGCUACGGCCACUACAGUGCCACCACACGUCGAAAGCGCCCCUUUGCGACCGGCACUUUCAACUAGAACUGUACAGCAUUCUCAGCAGCAUUCUGCUUCCGAUUGCAACAAUGUACAACAUAUUUUGCCCAACAUUGAUAUUGCCUUGGGAGUGGGCCAAAAUGUCAAUAAUUCCAAUAAUAACGUUCAGUCAAACGUGUAUCCGGGAUCAAUCAAUGUCUUGGGAUCCUCGGGUAUGCCCACUUAUGUUCCCACCCCCUCGCAGUUAGCCGCCAGGGUUUAA